AUGGAAUACACGAACCACACCAUUGUGACUGAAUUCAUCCUUCUGGGCUUCAUGGAUCAUCCCGAGUUGUGGACCAUUCUCUUCCUGGCAUUUCUCUUGAUCUACAUUGUCACAGUCUCAGGAAAUCUUGGCAUCAUCAUCCUAGCCGCUCUUGAUGCAAACCUUCAUACCCCAAUGUACUUUUUCCUCAGCAACCUGUCCUUGGUUGACGUUGGCUAUUCCACCACUAUCGCUCCUAGGUUGCUGAUGACCUUUCUACAAGAGAAUAGCAUUAUUCCAUUCACAGAGUGUGCUAUGCAGUUCUUCUUUUUCUGUAUGUUUGGCACAGUUGAAACUUGCCUUCUAGCUGUCAUGGCUUACGAUCGUUUCACUGCCAUUUGCAACCCAUUACUCUAUUAUGUUGCCAUGUCUACAAAGUUCUGUCUGUUGUUAGUAAAAGGUGCAUAUAUUUGUGGAUUUGUGAAUUCAGCUGUUCAGACUUCAUUGAUAUUUAGCCUGUCUUUCUGCAGCUCAAAUGUUAUCGGUCAUUACUUUUGUGACAUUCCUCCCAUCCUGAAACUUUCCUGUUCAAGCACAGAAGUGGCUAACACUGUGCAUUUCAUCUUUGGUAGUGCAAUAAUCUUGAUCACUUUGUUGAUUAUCCUCAUCUCCUAUAUCUACAUCAUUUUUGCCAUUCUGCGGAUUCGCUCUGCCCAGGGCAGACACAAAGCCUUUUCCACCUGUGCCUCCCAUCUCACGUCUGUCACAAUCUUCUAUGGAACCAUCAUCUUUAUGUAUAUGAGGCCCAAUUCCAGUGUCUCAAAGGAUGAAGAUAAAAUUGUUUCCGUGUUCUAUACUCUUGUGAUCCCCAUGCUAAAUCCAUUGAUUUACAGUCUGAGAAAUAAAGAUGUGAAAGAUGCUUUCAUAAGGAUAAUAACCAAGAAAGUGUGUAUUUGUUCCAUUUUUGUGUUUGUGUGUAAUUUCCCUGAAGUGGCUAACACUGUGCAUUUCAUCUUUGCUACUGCAAUAAUCAUGACCAGUUUGUUGAUUAUUGUCAUCUCCUAUACCUACAUCAUUGUUGCCAUUCUGCGGAUUCACUCUGCCCAGGGGAGACACAAAGCCUUUUCCACCUGUGCCUCCCAUCUCACGUCUGUCACAAUCUUCUAUGGAACCAUCAUCUUUAUGUAUAUGAGGCCCAAUUCCAGUGUUGCAAAGGAUGAAGAUAAAACUGUUUCCGUGUUCUAUGCCCUUGUGAUCCCGAUGCUAAAUCCAUUGAUUUACAGUUUGAGAAAUAAAGAUGUGAAGAAUGCUUUCCUAAGGAUGAGUGGAAACAUCUCAUUAAAUUAA